AUGUCCGGCUACGAAAACGAUCCGUUCUACCUGAGAUACUACACAGGGCACUCUGGCAAGCACGGUCACGAGUUCCUCGAGUUCGAGUACUCGCAUGGCCGACUGCGGUAUGCGAAUAACUCGAACUACAGGAAUGAUAGUCUCAUCAGGAAAGAGAUGUGGGUGGGCCCGCUGGUUGUAAAGGAACUGAAGAGGAUCGUCGAAGGCAGCGAGAUCACCAAGGAAGACGACACUAAUUGGCCAAAGAAGAACAUCGUGGGCAAGCAGGAGCUGGAGAUUCGUGUUGGUAACGAUCACAUCUCCUUCGAGACCGCGAAGAUCGGCUCGCUCGUCGACAUCCAGGACUCAGAGGAUCCUGAAGGCUUGCGCGUAUUCUACUACCUCGUGCAAGACCUGAAGACUUUGAUCUUCUCGCUUAUUUCUCUCCAUUUCAAGAUCAAGCCCAUAUGA